AUGGCGACUCGGAAGCGUGGACGACCAGUAGGUGGAGGUCUAACCCAAUCGGAAAUUAAAGAAAGGAAAAGAAAAUCAGACAGGGAAAGAAAUAGAGAGAAAAUAUUUAUUGGUCAUCACUUUCAGCGCUGGAAUCGCGUCAAAAGGGAGUUAAAAUUCAUGUAUAACCAUGAGCUAGCGGGGUACUUUCUUGACAGAUAUGAGAAAGACAAAUACUUACAGGGAUUGGCAUCAACAUACUCUCAAAGUCACAGACCUGAAAUAGUGUCACAUAUACAGCCUAUCUCUUCAUCUACAAAGCCACUAACAGAUUCUUACCUAAGAGUAAAUGAACAGACAUCUGGCCUUGAGAGCUCAGUACAAGGCAAGCUCCGAACAAGUUUUAAUAGUACGUCCCUAUCAAGUUCUAAAGGUACAUCUCUAUCAAGUUCCAGCAGUAUGUCUCUAUCAAGUUCUAAAGGUACGUCUCUAUCAAGUUCUAAAGGUACAUUUUUAUCAAGUUCUAAGGGUAUGUCUCUAUCAAGUUCUAAGGGUAUGUCUCUAUCAAGUUCUAACAGUAUGUCUCUAUCAAGUUCUAAAGGUAUGUCUCUAUCAAGUUCUAACAGUAUGUCUCUAUCAAGUUCUAAAGGUAUGUCUCUAUCAAGUUCUAACAGUAUGUCUCUAUCAAGUUCUAAGGGUAUGUCUCUAUCAAGUUCUAACAGUACGUCUCUAUAAAG